UCACUUGUCACAGCUUGUUAUUAAACAAAGAGAAGAUUGCAUGUAGACAGGAAAUGUCCCAAAAUUACAAUUUACAUUUACGAUCAGGAAAACCUGGGUUCCUGUGAUUAACUGUAAUCAAAGGGUAGUUGUUUGGAAUUAUAGAUCGAAACAUUACCCAAACAGUUUGUUAAUGAUGAGUGAUAAAGAUAAAUCUAAACCGGCCCAGCCGAAACAUAUUCCAAAAGAUGGGCAGGUUAUAAUGGCAAUCAUGAAGGAAAUGGGAAUUACAGAUUAUGAACCGAAAACUAUAGUGCAACUAACUGAAUUUGUAUAUAGAUAUGCUACAUCAAUUUUGGAAGAAGCUCGCAUGUAUGCUAAUAACUCCAAAAAGAAAUUUCUAGAUGUUGAUGACGUUCGUUUGGCCUUACAGCUUACUUGUGAGUCGACAUUUACCACUCCACCACCAAGAGAAGUUCUACUAGAACUGGCACAGGCAAAAAAUUAUUCUGCUCUACCCCCAGUGAAACCUCAUUGCGGAUUGAGAUUACCUCCGGAUCGGUAUUGUUUGUCUUCAUGUAACUAUACAUUGAGAAGUGCCCAGAAGAAAAUCGGUAAAAGUAAUUUUGGUAUAUCAGGCGGUCCAGGAAUGAAACUAACACCUAAGUCUAACAUCAGCUUUUUAAAGCGUACGAAUACACCAGUUUCCAAGCAAACAGUCAGUAUCCCCAAACCUGUGACUAAAAUCAACACCCAGUCUCAAAAAACUGUAUUGAAACCAAAGAUACAAAUCACACAGAAUGUACAGCUGGCACCUGCUAAUGGAAUGGAGAUUGACCCCAACAGUUUGAAAAGAAAACGUGAAGAUGAAUCUGAAAAUGGAGUUUGAACUUUCAAGUUAUUUUGGUAUUUUUCCAUUAGGUAUUUAAUGAUACUUGACGAUGUCUAUAUGCUCUUACCAAUAUGUUUUUAAGAGUCAAGAGACAAUCAUCUUGGAGUUGUAAUUAAAUUGAUUUCGAGUUGUAAGUUAA